AUGAGUUCCUCAACUACAAUGAGGAAGCUAGAGGUUGUGUCCCCUGUUCCUGCGGACAUAGACAUUGCUAACUCCAUUGAACCGGUUCACAUAUCUCAGAUUGCCAAAGAGCUCAACCUCAGUCCCAAUCACUAUGAUCUUUAUGGUAAAUAUAAGGCCAAGGUUUUGUUGUCAGUUCUUGAUGAGCUUCAAGGAUCACAAGAUGGGUAUUAUGUUGUAGUUGGAGGCAUUACUCCAACUCCUCUUGGGGAAGGCAAAUCUACUACUACAGUGGGGCUCUGCCAAGCUUUAGGUGCUUUUCUUGAUAAAAAGGUAGUAACCUGCCUUCGUCAACCAUCGCAAGGACCUACUUUUGGCAUUAAAGGAGGUGCAGCUGGUGGUGGCUAUAGCCAAGUUAUUCCAAUGGAUGAAUUCAAUCUUCAUCUAACAGGAGAUAUUCAUGCAAUAACUGCAGCAAACAAUCUUCUAGCUGCUGCAAUUGACACCCGAAUUUUCCAUGAGUCAACGCAGUCGGAUAAGGCCCUUUUUAACCGGUUGUGCCCUCCAAAUAAAGAAGGGAAAAGGAGCUUUUGUGAUGUCAUGUUCAGGCGUCUUAAGAAGCUUGGCAUUUCAAAGACAAAUCCAGAUGAUCUUACACCAGAAGAAGUUAAUAAAUUUGCGAGGCUUGAUAUUGACCCAAAUUCUAUUACAUGGAGGAGAGUAAUGGACAUCAAUGACCGGUUCUUGAGAAAAAUCACUAUUGGCCAGGGACCUGAUGAGAAAGGAAUGGUAAGAGAAACAGCAUUUGAUAUUUCAGUUGCUAGUGAGAUAAUGGCUGUUUUGGCACUGACAACAUCCUUAGCUGAUAUGAGAGAGCGGCUUGGGAAAAUGGUUAUUGGAAAUAGCAAGAGUGGUGACCCUGUCACUGCUGAUGAUCUAGGGGUUGGAGGUGCCUUAACAGUUUUAAUGAAGGAUGCUAUUCACCCUACCCUUAUGCAGACCCUGGAAGGAACUCCUGUUCUUGUUCAUGCAGGCCCAUUUGCAAAUAUUGCUCACGGGAAUUCUUCUAUUGUGGCUGAUAAGAUUGCACUGAAGUUGGUCGGACCGGGUGGAUUUGUAGUUACUGAAGCUGGUUUUGGUGCUGAUAUUGGAACUGAGAAGUUUAUGAACAUUAAGUGUCGUUAUAGUGGUUUGACACCUCAAUGUGCAAUUAUUGUGGCAACAAUAAGGGCACUGAAAAUGCAUGGUGGAGGGCCAGCUGUUGUUGCUGGAAAACCUCUUGAUCAUGCAUAUUUGACUGAGAAUGUUGCCCUGGUUGAGGCUGGUUGUGUGAAUAUGUCACGGCAUAUAUCAAAUACAAAAUCUUACGGUGUAAAUGUUGUAGUUGCUAUCAACAAGUUUUCAACUGACACUGAAGCUGAGCUAAAUGCAGUUCGGAGUGCUGCUUUAGCUGCUGGAGCUUAUGAUGCUGUAAUUUGUACCCAUCACGCGCAUGGUGGCAAAGGAGCCGUUGACCUGGGUAUUGCAGUUCAAAAAGCUUGUGAGAAUGUGGCACAGCCAUUGAAGUUCCUGUACCCACUGGAUCUCGGUAUAAAAGAGAAAAUAGAGGCAAUAGCAAAGUCAUAUGGAGCCAGUGGCGUUGAGUACUCUGAGCAGGCUGAGAAGCAGAUUGAGAUGUAUAGCAAGCAAGGAUUUUCUGGUCUUCCAAUCUGCAUGGCUAAGACUCAGUAUUCUUUCUCAGACAAUGCUGCAGCAAAGGGAGCUCCAAGUGGGUUUGUGCUACCCAUAAGGGAUGUAAGAGCUAGUAUAGGUGCUGGAUUUAUUUAUCCUUUAGUUGGAACAAUGAGUACGAUGCCAGGGCUUCCAACAAGGCCAUGCUUCUAUGACAUUGAUAUUGAUACAACAACUGGAAAAGUCAUUGGUCUCUCAUAA